CUCCUCCAUUUCUCUUCGAACUGAGAGCUCCCCUGCAAACAGCCCAGAAUGAAACCGAGCGAUCUCGACUGAACGACGACGGCCCUCCUCUCUCCCUCUUCCUCCUCCUCGUUGAGCCCAUCCGAUUCCGACCGAAUUAGAUCCGAUCGAGAACCGGGUCGGAUCCUCCUCCGCCUCCGCCUCCGCCUCCGCCGCCGCCGCCGGGGAACCGCCGCGGAUCUGAACCCGACCCACCAACCAUGUCGUGCCUCGCCCUCUCCCUCCAGCCCGUCAACGGAUCCGACAUCCUCCUCCAGACCCGCGAGUGGUUCCCGCCCGCCCGCGCCCUCGUCGCCCUCUCCGCCUUCCGCCACACCCGAUUCUCCUACGCCAAGCCCUCCUCUUCCUCCUCCUCCUCCUCCGCCGCCGCCGCCGCCUCCGCCGCCGCCGCCGCCGCCGAUCCCGACCCCUCCUACUCCUCCGAAUCCAUCGGCGACGACCCCCUCGCCACCUCCAGCGGCCAGGUCAUCGUCGGCGUCGAGUCCCGGUACCGUGUCAUCUACCGCCUCGUCAACAGCAUCUACGUCCUCGGCAUCACCACCGCCGACCAGGACAACGCCGUCAACGUCUUCGAGUGCAUCCACAUCGUCAACCAGGCCGUCAGCGUCGUCGUCGCCGCCUGCCGCGGCGUCGACGUCACCCCGGAGAAGCUCGGCCGCAAGUAUGCCGAGAUCUACAUGGCGCUCGACAUCGUCCUCCGCGGCGUGAGCAGCAUCCGGCUCUCCGCGAUGCUGUCCUCGAUGCACGGGGACGGGAUCGCCAAGAUGGUGCACUCCGGGAUCGACACCGAGAGCAAGAUUCGCGGGGCGGACAGCUGGGCCGGCGUGGAGGUGCAGUCCGCCGAGCACCUGGCGGGCGUCGAGGUGUUCUCCGGCACGCGGUUCGAAGUGCCGCCGGAGACGCUGGCGGCGGGAGAUGAGGUCGUGGCGACCAUUGCGCCUGUGGCGGCUCAGGCUGAGCAGAGCGAUACCCAGGAUACGAAAGGUGAGGAAGAGAGUCAAGGGCCUAAGGACCCAUUUGCAGCUAGUGAGGCUUUGAAUAAGCCUGAGGAGUUAGUGAGCGGUUUCAAAAAGAACAGGGAUACGUCGGCGACGGACUUGACGGUGGCCUUGGCGGGGCUGGAGGUGCCGACUCUGCCGCCCGCCGAGGCCACUCAAUCCACCCAUAUUGGUGUGGAGGGUUUCGAAGGGGAUUAUGGUGGCAUAGAGUUUGGCCAUGAGCAGGCUUCUCUAGGGGAGACUUUUGAAGGGUUCAGUGAUGCUUGGGGUGGGGGUUUGGACCCAUCCGAGUUUGUUGGUACCGCAAAAGCUCCUAAACCUCAAGGUCUUGGUGGCCUUGAAUCGCUGCAAACAGGAGGAGAUGGUGAUGCGGCCAAAGCGGCAGUGGGUAAAGCGGCGGAGGGUACUCCGCUUGAGAAUCUUUUGGUGAAGAAAACUGAAAUGAAAGGUCCUGAGAUGUAUAUCUCGGAGGAGAUUAGUGCAGAAUUUAGGGAAUCACUGCUUGCUCGAGUAGGAUUGAUGGGUGUUGUUUACUUGAGAACAAUACCGCCUAAGACUGCUGGUGAUAAAGAAACUGAGUUUUCCUUCCGGGUCGAUGGUACAGGUGCUGUUAAACGGUUUGUUAUGCAGAGUUCUCGCGCUAGCAGCCUCGGUAGUGGUUUAUUCCAUGUGAGAACGGCUCCUUCAGAUGAGCCUAUACCUAUUCUGAAGUAUAGCUUGCUCCCAAGGUUAACACCACUACCAUUGAGGGUUCGCCUUACAAAAAGACAUAGUGGGACUUUACUUUCUGUGAUGAUACAGUAUGCUUCCAAUCCUGAAGUGCCAGCACCACUGCAUGAUGUGACCUUUAUCCUGAAACUCCCAGUCGACCCAAGUCUACUGAAGGUUUCACCAAAAGCUAUGCUGAACAGAUCAGAAAGAGAAUUGAAGUGGCUCGUCCCAGAGAUCCCUCUGAAUGGUGCUCCAGGUAAAUUAAGGGCUAGAAUGCCUGUGGAUACGAGUGCAGAAGAGGGUGGUGAGGAGAUUGAGGUUGUGGGUUAUGUAAAAUUUUCUUCACAACACACUAGCUCCUUAUCUGGGGUUUGUAUACGGCCUGCUUCUGAAGGUAAGACAGACUUUUACGAGGUUAACCACAAGUAUGAGAGCGGGAUUUAUACAUGUAAUUGAUUACGAUGAAAUUGACUUUCUGGUUAGAUUGUCUUUCUUUGUGAGGUUUGUACUAGGUGUGUGAAGCUGGGAUUAGUUUGUAGCAUUCUUUGAAUACAAUCUUGUUGGCUCAAAUUCCAUUUUUCUGUGGAGAGUAUUGCAUCUUCGGUUGUUUUA